CUUAACAUGAGGCCCUCUUUCACUCACCACACAAGAUAACACAACACACCCAUUUCCAAACCCUCCUUCUAUCUUCUUCUCUUCUCCUUCCUAAUCCAUUCCCAUUCCAAAACCUCCCCUUCAAUCCAACCAACAAUGGCAAUUUCAGCAGCUUCUGCAACUUCUUCUUCCUCCAAAUUCCUCCACCCACACCCUUCUCCUUCUUCCUCUCACUCUCACUCCUCUUCCCCCUGCCUCUUCCUCAGACCCCAAUUACCCACCACCCACCUCUCCUCCUCCUUCAAUCCUUCCACAAUCCUCCUCAACGCGCCGCCGCAACAACCCUCCGCCCCCUUCCACCGCCGCUCCUCCUCCCUCACCGUCCGCGCCGCUCGCGGCAAGUUCGAGCGCAAGAAACCCCAUGUCAACAUCGGCACCAUCGGCCACGUCGACCACGGCAAAACCACCCUCACCGCCGCCCUCACCAUGGCCCUCGCUUCCCUCGGAAACAGCGCCCCCAAGAAAUACGACGAAAUCGACGCCGCCCCUGAAGAGCGCGCUCGCGGUAUCACCAUCAACACCGCCACCGUCGAGUACGAGACCGAGAAUCGCCACUAUGCUCACGUUGACUGCCCCGGCCACGCUGAUUACGUCAAGAACAUGAUUACCGGUGCCGCCCAGAUGGACGGCGCUAUUCUUGUUGUCUCCGGCGCCGACGGCCCUAUGCCGCAGACCAAAGAGCACAUCCUCUUGGCGAAGCAGGUUGGUGUACCUAACAUGGUGGUUUUCCUCAACAAGCAGGACCAGGUUGAUGAUGAGGAGCUUCUGCAACUCGUUGAAUUGGAGGUUCGGGAGCUUCUAUCGUCUUACGAGUUCCCUGGGGAUGAUGUUCCCAUUGUUUCUGGUUCUGCCCUUUUGGCUCUUGAAGCUCUAAUGGCGAACCCUGCUAUCAAACGUGGUGAGAAUCAGUGGGUGGAUAAGAUUUAUGAGCUUAUGGAUAAUGUGGAUAGCUACAUUCCUAUCCCUCAGCGCCAAACCGAUCUUCCGUUUUUGUGUGCCAUUGAAGAUGUGUUUUCCAUCACGGGUCGUGGAACCGUGGCCACCGGGCGUAUUGAGAGGGGGUUGGUUAAGGUUGGUGACACGGUUGAGAUUGUUGGUGUUAGGGAAACUAGGACCACUACUGUGACUGGGGUGGAGAUGUUUCAGAAGAUUCUGGAUGAUGCCAUGGCUGGGGACAAUGUGGGGUUGUUGCUUAGGGGUAUUCAGAAGGUUGAUAUUCAGAGAGGGAUGGUUUUGGCUAAGCCUGGAACUAUUACACCACACACCAAGUUUUCUGCGAUUGUGUACGUGUUGAAGAAGGAAGAAGGUGGGAGGCACUCGCCUUUCUUUGCUGGUUACAGGCCACAGUUCUACAUGAGGACUACUGAUGUCACUGGCAAAGUCACGGCCAUUAUGAAUGAUAAGGAUGAGGAGUCCAAGAUGGUGAUGCCCGGAGACCGUGUUAAGAUGGUGGUUGAGCUUAUUGUUCCAGUGGCUUGUGAACAGGGAAUGAGGUUUGCUAUUAGAGAAGGAGGCAAAACUGUUGGAGCUGGUGUUAUCCAAUCGAUCAUUGAGUGAAUUGUGAGAUUGGCGUCCAAUUUACAUAAGUCUUACAUGUUGGACAGAAUCACUGUUAUCGGUUUGUGCAAUUGUUUCUUUUUGCCAUUUUACAUAGCUUCUGUCAUAUCUGUUUUCUAAUGUUUUGUAGGAUUUUAGAUGAUGGUUAAUCAAGUUGGAUAAUGAAUUUUCAAUGCUUUGUUUGACUUC